AGAAAUGGCUUUUUGAAAGAAUUUCAGCUGUUGUGCUCAGAUAGCCAGUGUUACCAUCUGUUUGCAAUAGUCGCUAUUAAUAAUUCGGUAUUCAUAUCAUCAGCUCGUACACAUGCAAGAAAUGUUACAAAUGCAGUUUAGCAGUGCUUUGUUAGCUGCUCAUCAAGCAUUUGUGGUAUCCAACAUUAGAGAUGAAGAAGACGUGAUUGCAGGUGUUGUCGGAUGCAGACAGGUGUUGUGAUCAGGAGCAGUAGGCAGGACUGGACAGUGGACACCCAUGGACACCUGGACACCCAAUCCAAGAGCCAAACCCUUCAUCCCCCGCCAGCAGCGCAGCCUCUACCUAACAUGGAAAUACAGACUCACCAACAAAAGAACAAUGCGACGAAUCUGCCAGGCCAGUGCUGUCCUGUUUCUACUGAUCACAGUGAUUGUGAAUAUCAAACUCAUUCUUGACACAAGGAGAGUUGCCAGUGAGGAGGAUGCUGUUCAAGAAUAUGAUGAUGCCCUGCCUAACAUGGAAACCCCACGCAGGCCAGCCAGUGGGAGGAAGGUUUUGGAUAUUGAGGUGUACUCUAGUCGCUCUAAAGUGUAUGUGGCAGUGGAUGGCACCACUGUGCUGGAGGAUGAGAUGAGGGAGCAGGGCAGAGGCAUACAUGUUAUAGUUUUAAAUCAGGCCACUGGUCAUGUUAUGGCCAAAAGAGUGUUUGAUACUUAUUCUCCCCAUGAGGAUGAAGCCAUGAUCCUCUUCCUCAACAUGGUCACACGUGGCAGAAUCCUCAUCUUCACUAUUAAGGAUGAGGGGACUUUCCACUUGAAGGAUUCUGCGAAGAAUCUUCUCAAAGGUUUGGGAAGUCAGGCAGCAGUUACCUUAGGCUGGAGGGAUAUGUGGACUCAGGUUGUGAAGAAGGGAGGUCAAGUUUAUGGGGAGAAGCACUCCAAGUCUCCUGCUCUGUCCACAUGGGGUGAUCCUGUGCUGCUGAAGACUGAGGUCCAGCUGACAGCUUCUGAAGAGGCUGAGUGCCCUUGGGCAGACACAGAGCUGAACCGCCGGAGGAAACUUUUCUGCAGUAAAGUGGAAGGAUAUGGGAGCAUUUGUAGUUGCAAAGAUCCAGCCCCUAUAGAGUUUAAUCCUGACCCACUGCCUAACAACAAUGUCUACAGCAUCCCAGUAGCUGUUAUAGCUGGAAAUAGACCAAACUAUCUCUAUAGAAUGCUGCGCUCUCUUCUUUCCUCCCAUGGUGUCAAUCCACAAAUGAUCACUGUUUUCAUCGAUGGAUACUAUGAGGAACCUAUGGAUGUGGUGGAUCUCUUCGGUCUUAAAGGAGUUCAGCAUACCCCUAUCAGUAUUAAGAACGCUAGAGUGUCACAGCACUACAAAGCCAGCUUGACUGCAACCUUUAAUCUGCAUCCAGAUGCAGAUUUUGCCAUUGUCCUGGAGGAGGACCUGGACAUUUCCAUAGAUUUUUUCAGCUUUCUCAGUCAGACCAUCCAUUUGUUGCGUGAGGAUGACAGUCUGUACUGUAUCUCAGCGUGGAAUGACCAAGGCUACGAGCACACGGCAGAGGACCCAUCUUUGUUGUACAGAGUGGAAAGUAUGCCUGGCCUUGGCUGGGUGCUUAAAAAAAGCCUUUACAAGGAUGAACUGGAGCCCAAAUGGCCAACUCCAGAGAAGCUAUGGGACUGGGACAUGUGGAUGCGGAUGCCAGAACAGAGGAAGGGGAGAGAGUGUGUCAUUCCUGAUGUCUCCCGCUCUUAUCACUUUGGCAUCAUUGGCUUAAAUAUGAAUGGUUACUUCCAUGAAGUUUACUUUAAAAAGCACAAGUUCAACACUAUUCCGAAUGUUCAGAUGAAAAAUGUAGAUAGCUUGAAGAAAGAUGCUUAUGAGAUUGAAAUCCAAAACCUACUCCGUGAGGCUGAGGUUCUGGACCACAGUAAAAACCCAUGUGAAGACUCAUUUAUCCCAGACACUGAGGGAAAGACCUUUGUAAUGUUCAUCAAAAUGGAGCAAGAGACAGAUACAAACACCUGGACAGAACUGGCAAAAUGCCUGCACGUGUGGGACCUGGAUGUACGAGGUUAUCACAAAGGACUCUGGAGGCUCUUCAGAAAGAAGAACCAUGUCCUGGUAGUUGCUGUUCCAAUCUCCCCGUACUCUGUUAAGAAGCCCAAUAAUGUCACUCCCAUUCACCUGGAGCCAGCACCUAAAGAGGAGGGACCUCCUGUGGAACAGAUUUAAAACACUGCUAAUCCCACCCAAAGGGCCUUUCCUAACCACUAACAGACAAAGGCCUAUGUCAGGCCGAUAAUGGGCCUUAUGUUACUCUCUAAGGCUAUUGCAAGACACAGUAUUGGAUGAACCAUCCUCUGCUGGUAGCCUCUAGGAACUACAGGCUCUUUGAAACUAGAACAAUAUGAGUGUGGAUUUCUAAAAACAGUGUGUGACGUGACCUUCUCUUGUUGUUGGUAUGUAUUUUGCAUUGGGAGCAUUUCCUGAGGUCAUGAAAUUUCAUAUGAGUUUAUGCUGGAAGGUUUGACUUUAGUAAAGAAUUGAUAGAUGUUUUAAAG